AGCGUUUUAGGCAUGUAAGGAAAACACGAGUUUGACUUUAGAGAGAGACGUGGUUAUUACUUUAAACGCAACGUUUUAGGCAUGUAAAGAAAAUAUAACUUUUACUUUAGUUAAGGCCUAAAAGCUCAAGUUGCAUUAUAGUUUGAACUUUGAUAUGAUUGAGAGAGAUAUCCGAUUAAUUUUUUUAUACAUCUAUUAAGAUUGAGUGCAAAUAUGGAUUAAACAUGUUCACUUUAACUUACUAUAAGUCACAUAUACAUUUACUUUUGAUUAACAAUUGUUUGUUCUAGAUUGAUGUAUGUGGGUUCUGAUUAAUCUAAAAAUAGCAUAGAUCAUUUCGUUCAGUGGUCUUAUAUUAAGUCUACUAGGCCAUACUAUAUAUAUUUUUAUUUAGACAACCAGUGGUUGAAUACAUGUAUUCAGCCGUCAUAUACGUUCGUGUAUAGAAUGUAUCUCGAUACAAUUGAUUUGAGCAAUUUACAAACGUUACUUCAUAAUAACUGCAAGAGAGUUAGCCAUCUUAUGAAGAAAAAUAUUUGACUUUUAAACCUCUUAUAAAUUCACAAUCGAACUCAUUAAUCCCCAACACAACACACCACAUCCUCUCUAUCCUUAAAGGUUCCACACCAUAAGGAUGGAGAUCUCAAGAACCUCAUUGGUAGUAAUAAUUAUAUCGGUAGUUUCUUGUUUAUUACAGGUCAAGGCUUGGCAUGGUCAGACUUACUGUGGUGGCAACGCACAUCCUCGAUGCCAGCUCCAGUACAUCGACUGUCCUGAUGAGUGCCCGACCGACUUUGAUUCUUACUCUCAGAAGAAACUUUGUUGGGUUGACUGUUUUAAUCCUCUUUGCAUGGCCGUGUGUCGCGGGGUAAAGCCCAACUGUGAAUCCUAUGGAGCGGUUUGUCUAGACCCGAGGUUUAUAGGUGGUGAUGGUAUUGUGUUCUACUUCCAUGGAAAGAGCAAUGAACACUUUAGCCUCGUAUCUGACCAUGAUGUUCAGAUCAAUGCUAGGUUCACUGGACAUAGACCCGUUGGUCGCAGCAGAGAUUUCACAUGGAUCCAAGCUCUCGGCUUCCUCUUCAACACCCACAAGUUCUCACUUGAGAGAACCAAAGUCGCCACUUGGGACAGCGAAGUCGACCAUCUCAGGUUCACUAUUGAUGGACAAGAUUUGGUUAUCCCUGAAAAAGCUUUAUUCACUUGGUACUCAUCCGACAAAGAGAUCAAGAUUGAGAGACUUACACAAAAGAACAGUGUGAUCGUGACGAUCAAAGACAAAGCUGAGAUCAUGGUCAACGUGGUUCCGGUGACCAAAGAAGACGAUAGAAUCCACAACUACAGAUUACCUGAAGAUGACUGUUUCGCCCAUUUGGAAGUCCAGUUCAAGUUCAUAAAUCUGUCCUCGAAAGUUGAUGGAAUCUUGGGACGCACUUACAGACCGGAUUUCAAGAACCCGGCUAAGCCCGGAGUCGCAAUGCCAGUGGUGGGAGGUGAGGAUAGCUUCAGGACAUCUUCUCUGCUCUCUCAUGAUUGCAAGACUUGUUUAUUUUCUGGAGAACUGGCCAUUGAUAGUGGCUCUGUCAAGGUGAAAAACGAAUACACAUUGUUAGAUUGCACCCGUGUGGCGUCUUCAGGUUAUGGAAUCGUCUGCCGGAAGUAGUUAAUGUCCAAACUUAAUUUGCAAAGACAAUGAAAAAGAUCAUAGUAAAAAAAGAAGUACUACAAGUUGUUUUAUUUUGUGUAAUACGUAUGUGAUUAUUUUGUUCCUUUGUCAAAAUAAGAAGAGUACUAAGCUAAUUGAGAACCAAAUAAUGAAAAAGUAGUUGUAACUCUGUUGUUAUUUACGUCGAUCAAAUAAUUAUUGAUGAAAUUGCGAUGAA